CAGCCAUACAAACAAAGGGGACAGUCGCCAGGAACCAAAUUUACUCUCGGUUUAACGGAAAUACGUUACUCAGCGACGGACUCGGCUGGAAACACCUCACCUGACUGUAUUUUCUUAGUCUAUGUUGAUCAGCAAAUAUGUGACCCACCAAAGAUAAAUGAUCAGUACAUGGAGAUCGAGUGUCCUGAAGGAUUUUCUUUUGGAUCGGAAUGCAAUUUGACCUGCCGAGGGAGUUAUCCCUUGAUAGGAAGCGAUACGAUUUCCUGUGUGAGAAAUAAACGAAACCCAAAGAAAGUGCAUUGGUAUAUGGGCAGAGGAGAGAAACCAUACUGCAAACAGAAUAAUUGCCCGGACCUACUCCCUCCUCUACACGGGGCCCUCACGUGCGAUGACUGGAUGUUCGGUACUCAUUGUAUGAUGCAUUGUAAUGAGGAAUACGACAUUCCUGCCGGGGCUGGUGAUGGAGAUAUAACGAGAUUUACUGGGCAGUUCGUUUGUUCUACUAGCUCUGGGAAGUGGUUUCCUGCCGAAACAGUCCCGGGCUGUACAGUAAAAAGAGAUCCUCAGAAUUUGUAUUUACCAGGAGAAGUCUAUUAUUUUACUGGCUCUUGCAACGACACAGCAACACAACAAAAAAUUAAAGAAAAUUUUAUUAAGGAGAUGCAGAAAUUAUAUCAGAAUAGCGCUGGAGGUAUUUGUCCUAAUUCAGACGACUGUAACGUAGACAAUGUAAACCUGAAAUGUGGUGCAGCACGUCGACGUCGGGAUCUUUACAAAACCAGACGGACACGACAAAUGAACGGAGCUUCAGUUCUGGUAACAUUUCAAAUAGUUGUGAAAUUGGAAAAAUACAGCAACAUUACUGAUACCAAGAAUCAAUUAGAAAGAAAAGCUGCAUCUCUUGGAUCAUUGAUGGAGGAAAAGGUAGAGAGUGGAUCCUUAGAUGUAGAAGGAGCGGAGGUAGAGCAGGACUCCUUCCAGACUGCUCAGGCAACCAUCAAGUGUGAACCAGGCCGGUACCCACGGUAUACAACUCUUACUUGUGCCUCGUGUCCCCUGGGUUCCGUGUAUGACGAUGUUCUGGAGGAAUGUACUGAAUGUCCUAAGGGUUAUUACAGAGAUGAUGAUGAUGUCGUGACGUGUACCCAAUGUCCAUCCGGGACAUCGACGCCAUCCUCUGGGACGGUCAAAGCGAUAGAUUGUGUUCCAAUAUGUGCGCAAGGCUAUUAUUCGCUGACCGGAGUAUCUCCAUGUACACCUUGCUCAAGAUACCAAUAUGGUUCCCAAGAGAUGGCAACUCAGUGUAAAGAAUGUGGUCCAGGGCUAAUGACGUCAUCGUUUGCAAGUACUGAUGAAUCAGAUUGUUCAGUAUUCGAUGCAGUUAUCGGUGGAGAAAUGUUACCGCAGACAGUCGGACAAUUACAGAACGGGGCCAACGGUUUUACAUUGGCAUUAUGGAUUAAGAUUCCACAAAAGCAUGACGCUUCCCUCCAAGUCAGAAUCAACAAUGAUAUACAAAUAAAUAUCGGAAGAAAUAUCAACAUCACAUUCCAUAGAACACACCUACAAACUCAUGUUGAACUGAAUAGAGGGGCAUGGAGACAUAUUGCUGUGGUCUCUGACGCGAUAAACGUCAAGGUGUUUGUACAGGGAGAUGUCAAGUUUACCUCACGUACUCGGUUGAGGAUGCCACGGAGAGCUAGUGACGUACAGAUAUCCAGUGCUGGGAAUUCUGAUGCCGACAUCCAUAUCUCCGGUCUUUUCCUGACACCAACUUCUGUAUAUGACGGUGAUAUAAAGUCACUGUCAUCGACCUGCUAUCACACACGAAAAGGAGACGUUACUAUGGAUGGAUUGAAGUGUACAGAAUCGAAUAACAUCGAACUAGUUUCACCAAGUGUUUGUGAUGCCGAAGACAAUUGCGAUCCAGACCCAUGCCAUGGCAAUACAUGUAUUGACGAUCUGGUCGGAUUCACCUGUCACUGUGGUGGUGGAUUCUCUGGGAAUUUGUGCCAGAUCCCUCCGAAGUACUGUUUGAACCACCAAUGUAAAAAUGGAGCAUCAUGUAACAACCUGCAGACGAAUUACACCUGCUUGUGCGCUACUGGUUUUAAGGGGAUAUUUUGCGAAUAUGAAAAAGUUGAUGGAGGCUGGGGGACUUGGAAUAUUUGGUCCGACUGCUCAAAAACCUGUGGAGGAGGGUAUAGGACACGACAACGUGAAUGUAACAACCCGUAUCCAGAUCCUGAUGGAGAGACUUGCAUAGGGGAAACCAUGGAAACCGGGAUUUGUUACGAAGAACUGUGUCCCGUUUGCCCACCGCGACCUGGAUCUUAUGGAACUAUGAUGGAUUGCAACGUCACAAGUGAAUUGACUACUUGCCGUGUCCAAUGUAAAGACGGGCUUUGGUUUGCACCCGGUUAUUCCCCACUACCUGAGUACAAAUGUGGAGCGGAGACUGCGUACGAAUGGAAUGGAAAACCACCGUCAUGCUCAGAAGUAUACUUUCCGAAUCAGUUUGAAACUGUUUCCAUGGUCAGCUAUGACUCCAAAGAACUUUGUCAUAAAGAAAAAGACAUGAUAUCUGUGCUUAUGAUGAAGGCGUUGGACAACAUUGAAUGUUUACAAACAGAAACAUGCCAGAUUGAUGUAUCCGUAGAGGGUUGCGAUGGUCAACUGGAACACUUCCAGAAUGGUGUAGCAGCAAAGGCCGUGAUCACAUUAAAAAUGCCUUUAACAACGGAGGAAUUCAACAUCGUAAAUAAUCCAUCAUCAACAGCUGCUAGUCCGAUAAUAAUGAACUUGCUUCGUGUCGUUUCUACUCUGGAGAAUUCGACAAAACAACUAAAUACCAGUACCGACAUCUUGAGGAUUGUGAUCGAUGGUCAGGAAUAUAAUGCCCUCAGCGUUGAAUCAUACGGAAAAGUUGAUUGUCCUGACGGACAAAUUCAGUUACAAGCAUUUUGCAUUGAUUGUCCGGAAGGUACUUAUAAUCAGAACGGCAGUAACUGUUUCCCGUGUCCGUAUGGGACUUACCAAGAUACACCUGGAUCUACUUCCUGUAAGAAAUGCCCCGAUGGUUUUUUGACUCGGUUUCUAGAGUCCACUGACAUAACCGAAUGCUCCGUGCCAUCUACAGUUCCUACCAAAGAAACAGCAACUGUUUCAAAAGAAGACAUCAUUAUUGGCUGUAUCGCAGGAGCGCUGUUUGUCUGUGCUGUUAUCGUAGGAAUUGCAGUUUGGCAGUUUCUUAGGAGGAAACGACCGACCCACAAUAUCACGGUUUCUACAACACAAUCACUCGGCGAUGAACUCUGUAUAAGUGGUCCACAUUGGACUCCUUCUGACAUUAAUGACCCCUGUGAAAGUAAUCAUUUCCUUGGCACAACUAAACCUACGACUGAUCUGUGAUCGAUGACCUUUGUGGUAGUUAUCUGUUCCAUGCAACACCUAAAACUACAUCUGAUCUGUGAUAAAUGACCUUUGUUGAAGUUAUCCGUUCCUUACAACAACUAAACCUACAUCUGAUCUGUGAUAAAUGACCCUUGUUGAAGUUAUCCGUUCCUUACAACAACUAAACCUACAUCUGAUAUGUGAUACAUGACAUUUGUUGAAGUUAUCCGUUCCUUACAACAACUAAACCUACAUCUGAUAUGUGAUACAUGACAUUUGUUGAAGUUAUCCGUUCCUUACAACAACUGAACCUACAUCUGAUAUGUGAUACAUGACAUUUGUUGAAGUUAUCCGUUCCUUACAACAACUAAACCUACGGCUGAUCUGUGAUAAAUGACCCUUGUUGAAGUUAUCCGUUCCUUACAACAACUAAACCUACAUCUGAUCUGUGAUAAAUGACCCUUGUUGAAGUUAUCCGUUCCUUACAACAACUAAACCUACGGCUGAUAUGUGAUACAUGACAUUUGUUGAAGUUAUCCGUUCCUUACAACAACUAAACCUACGGCUGAUCUGUGAUAAAUGACCUUUGUUGAAGUUAUCCGUUCCUUACAACAACUAAACCUACGGCUGAUCUGUGAUUGAUGACUACCGUAGCAGAAAGUGUUGUAUUACCUAUACCUAAGACUGAUCUGAGAGAAAUGAUCUUUUCCUCUUUUUUUUUCAAUUAUUAUUUUAAUUUUGUACCUAUAUAUAAGUAAGAUUAUUCCAUCAUCGUUUUCAUGAAUUGGAGAACUUGUGUACGGAUAUAUACGUACAAUUAUUCCAUCAUCGUUUUCAUGUUUUGGAGAACUUGUGUACGGAUAUAUACGUACAAUUAUUCCAUCAUCGUUUUCAUGUUUUGGAGAACUUAUGUACGGAUAUAUACGUACAAUUAUUCCAUCAUCGUUUUCAUGUUUUGGAGAACUUGUGUACGGAUAUAUAGUACGAAUAUUGCAUUUUUGCCAGUGAAAUAUAGAGAUUUAUGAAACUAAUAAAACAAAUAUUUUCACUGCAGCGAUGAAUAGUGAAAAUAUAAGAUUUUGCAGUGAAAAUAUCAGUUUUGCAGUGAAAAUAUCAGUUUUGCAGUGAAAAUAUCAGUUUUCCGAUUUUGACCAGUCAGAGCGGACGUUUGUAUUCACUUCGUUGAAACUUGCCGAUGUUUCCAACCGAAGCGGAGAUUUGUUAUUUUUCUGUAUCUUUGAAAUAUUCUGACCAGUUUUUGACUAAAUACUCACUUGAUGUUAGCUAUUCAUGCACAGAUUCCCGAUAACAGCAGAAAACGCUUAUAUUGCGCUGAUCACUCCUUUCAAAAUGGACAGACUAUUUCGAUAUUUUUCACUCGUGCUUCGCACUCGUGAAAAUAUCGCUAUUCUGUCAUACUCGGGAAACCGUUCAAUAUCCUCUAUUUAUUCCAUCAUCGUUUUCAUGUUUUGGAGAAUUCGUGAACAUUUUGCCAUUAGUGAUAUUUAAAUUGUUAAAUUUUCCUCAUCCAUGGAAACAAAAGUUAUUGGUUGCAUGUUUUUUUCCGGAUUGAGAAUCCAGACCUUUUUAUAUACAAAUGUGAGGCUAUUUCUCUGGAUAGUUUCUCUGUACCAUGGCAACCUUUCAAGGUAAUUACUGUUUCACGGUACUUAAAUGCUGUGUCAAAUUUUCAUUUUGGCGACCCAUACAUCAGAAUUUUUCGAUGCAAUAAUAUUUUACGCAGUAGAAAAUAUCACGUUGUGUGCCCUUAUUCUAAAUUUAUGUGACAAGGUAAUUUGUAGUGUAUUUGUAUCCAUAACACCAUUUUGCACGUUUUGAAACAAUCUAGCAGCAUAACAGAUGAACAUAUUUUAAAAGAAAAUUGACGCGUUCGAGGCCUUUGCUUUUUAUUUAGACUGAAAGAAAAAAAACAAAUGUGUCGUUUUAUUGUGUUUAAUUGCUAGUUUUGCUAAAGUCUUGGUAGAUUAAUCCUCCUUAUAUUGGAAUUAGAUAACAGACGGAACAGUUAAUUGGUUAAGUAGUAUAGUGAUUAGCAUAGAUACUUAUUUUGUAGUUAUGCAAACCAUGAAUAAAUUACAGACAAUCAUAUAGUUAGGACCUGAUGACAUCUCGUUUAGAAAUAUUAUACUUUACAUUCUUGUAAUAUAUAUGUUGAUUUUCACAUUUUACUUUUGAUAUUUCCCUUUACAAUAAUAAAAUUAUUUUAAUAAUAAUUAAGUAUGAUACAUGUCACAAAUCAGAACUGGUAUUAAACACUGUAUAAUAAUAAAGAUAGUGUAUUAAAUAUUCUAUCUAUUUUUUCAAAUUAUACUUUUUAAGUGUGAUACAAUUAUUCUGAUGCAAAAUGUAUGGACUAUUUAUAGUAAAGAAUAAAAUGUAUGUGUGAUAC